ACAGAAGACGGAGAGGAGACAAGCGGGAAAGGGGAGGAGAAGCGCGCCAAAGCAUCGACACAUUUUGCUUGCUAGGGUUUCUCCUUCUCCUCCCUCUUCUCUUUCUCGCCAGCAGCAGCGCGACGAUGGCUGGGGUGACCAAGGAGCCGCAGGCCGCCUCCCAGGGGGAGGGUUCCAAGUCUCCUGCGCCUGCGCCGGCUCCAGCUCCAGCUCCGGCGGCGGCGGCGGCGAUGACGGAGGCGGAGGUCGAGGAGCUCCCCAAGACAAUCGUGCGGCGGCUGGUCAAGGACAAGCUCGCCCAGAUCGCCGGCGGCGACGAAGGAGGGGCGGAUGUGAUCGUCAACAAGGACGCCAUGGCCGCCUUCGCCGAGAGCGCCCGCAUCUUCAUCCACUACCUCUCCGCUACUGCCAAUGAUGUGUGCAAGGAAGCAAAGAGGCAGACAAUCAACGCCGAAGAUGUCUUCAAGGCGCUUGAUGAGAUCGAGUUUGCAGAGUUUGUUGAGCCCCUGAGGACUUCCUUGGAAGAGUUCAGAAACAAAAAUGCAGCUCGAAAGCCACCAACAGUCAAAAAACCAGCUGAAAAGAAAAGGAAAUUAGAUAAAGAGGUACCGCCAGAAGACCAAAAUAAUGCAGCUGAUGAUGCGAAGGAGGACGAGGAUUAAUUUUCUGACCUUGUGAUAUACUGAAUCUGAAAUAUGUUAGGGGCUUUCCUUUGUUAGUUGUAUCACCCUUGUGCUCUGAAUUGCAAUGCCUCUGCAUGCGAAAUUGCUGUGUACCUGAUAUCAUGUUGUAAAUCAUUUUUCUGUUCCAAACACAUCCAUUUUUCUUCGCUCAUAUGGUGGAAUUUGUCUUUGUAGUGUUAAAAUUAGCACCGAUGAUGAAACACUAUUCUAUGGUUAAUGGUAGCAUACUAGCAUAUGAA